GGUUAGUGACAUCCGAACGGUCAACGGACUAGGUUCAACUCUGACAAGCGUGUUCGAUGUGUUUGCGUUCCUAAAUAAUAAUAAUAAUUCGUCCACAGCGYGGAAUAACAGUACCGCAUAUAGGUACCUACACACAUCGCGACCGGCUGAGCAUUCUGCGCAAACCUCAACAGACACGUCGUCACUAACAGAGCCGAUAACGACAACRGCGCAACAGGUGCGAUGGAGACGAGCCACGGCCGAACGAUGCGCUCGUUGGCUGUACUGAUGUUCGUGGUGGCAUCGGCCACGUGUCAGCAGACCAUGUCAUUUCCAGACGGCGAAGGCAGUGGCGGCGUCGGCGUCGCGGACAACGCGACGACGUCGAGCGCCGGCCCCGGGAACAGAAGUGGCAAGAACCUGUUCAACUGGUUGGGCAGUUUCUCGGACGAGGGCGCUGACCCAUACCUUUCGUCGGCCAACGGCGCGUGUCUGCAGGGUGACAUGGCCGAGUGUUUUAAGGCCCGCGCCCUGUCUGGCCUGGGUGACUUUUUCGUCCGGGACUCGUACCGGCUCAACGAGAACGUGCGGGUGGUACGCCUGCGGGACGACGACGACGACGGCGGCCGCCACGCGUCUAGGGCGUUCGAGUUCUCGACGGAACAGCGGCCCGAGGACACGGAAUGGGACAAGCUGGUGAAGUUCGCCACGCGCAAAGCCGAACGGUUCCUGCGAUCGGCCGCAGUUGAGGUGCACGUUCCCGACGAGCUGACGGAUGGUGGUCGGUACUCGCCCAGAUUCAUCGACGAGAUAUCCUCCGAACURGACACGCUCGAAGACAAGAAGGCCAGCAUCAUAACCAAGAAGAAGGUGAAAAAGCUGUUGAUUCCCCUGCUGAUCGUGCUCAAGCUGUUCAAGUUGAAGCUUCUGCUUUUYCUCCCGCUCAUCCUGGGUCUGGCAUCGUUCAAAAAGGUACUCGGGUUCCUGGCACUGGUCGUUCCAGGUCUCAUCGGGUUCUUCAAACUGUGCAAGCCUGACCUCCAGCACAACUACGGCACGUUCGGGCACAGCAGCUACUAUCACAGGCCGUCCAAUGGCGGUGGACCUCUGCCCCUGCAGUCCGGGCCCGUGUACUCGCCGUACCGCGAACACCAGGAACCGCAGUACCACCGCGAACACUUGGAACAACCGCAGUACCACCGCGAACAUCCGGUAGACCCUCAACAAUAUCUGUACGAGUCAGCCGACGCGCAACCGUACAACAGCCGACCGGCCCGGAACCAGCAGGACGCCAAGGUACCGUCUUCCGGUUCGGUAGCGUUCAAGGAUGAGGCCAACGACAUGGCGUACAACGGUUACAACAGACAACAGCGGCGAUAAUUACUGUGAUGUACAUAGCUAUACCACAGCGGAAACCGCCUCGAUGAUCGCAGGAUAUCCGCAUGUACAUAGAUCACUUGAUACCCAAAAAUACCGUCACUGUCGCUCCCUCUAUCCGUGCCUCGCGGCGACUCGUAUGUCUGUGCUCAUUUGUUUUGUACACGCAAGUCUACAAUACUCUCCUCCGCCGCAGUGUACUAAUAUAAUAUUAUACAUUGCACAAUGCUUCUAAAUCGUGAUUUUUACAAUAUUUCCCACUGGCCAAUUCGAUUUGUCGGGAAAUUUCAUAUUCACAACUAUAUAUUUUUUUAUCCUGUACACCGGCACAGGCGAGUCUUGUCGAUUUGCGUCGAGACGUGUCAUAACAAGUCGUGCGCGAUUUCAAAACGCCAAUACUUAAACGCGUAGUUCCUCGUAAUCGCUACGACACAAAGAUAUUUCACUGUUUGCUUUGACAGUCGUGGUAUAUGAUAUUCACAAUUAUUAAGACCUAAUUAUAAUUAUGAUUAUAAACCUUAAUUUUAUUAUUWUUUUUUUUAUAUACACAUUUUUGUGCAGUGUGACAAAAGCGGGUGAUAUUUUAUAUAUAAUUUAAUUCAAUUUUGUAUUUUAUUGUAAAUAUAUAUAUUUCUUAGUUGUAAUCGUAUG